UAGAUGGUGAGGUAGGUUGGUAGACCUGGUACACAACAACAGUAGUGCUCUUGAUCCAUGGUGAGGAUGAUGCCUUUUAUUUAACAUCUUGCACCGUGACCUGGGUGACCACAUGUAUUUCUCUCGGUGUAUAUAUGCUGAGAGUUGACUGUACUCUCCAUUUAAGAGUAGUGAAGGAGUACAUUCUGUUGCUGUUUCAGUUUUUGCUGAAAGUUGGUUACACUUUAAAUAAAAAUGAUCUCAGGAAGAAUGGUUUCACAACAGAUUGAUGAUGCUUCUGUUAAGAAAAGAAAGUGUCUAGAAGAGAACAUAGAUGAUCUGCAGAACAUUGAUUUGCUGGAAGACUCCACUAGUACUCCAUCUCAGCCAGACAUAAUCACCCUAUCCAAACCAAGUACUGCAACCAUCCAAUUACAUCAUCAUAAAUAAUGAAGAAACUCAUCAAGCUUUUGAUGCAGUAAGCAAGACAAAUGCAGUAGUAGGAUAUCCAAAUACCAGGUUAAGCAAAACUAUAUUGGACAUUCUCCCAGAAGUUGGGUGAUUUUAAAGGACGCUUGAGCACCAGCUGUGAACUAGGAGACAUGAAAUGGAGCAUGGCAGGAAGAGUUGUAUCUAGAAGAAUAAGUGUGCGGUCCAAAUGGCAACAGCAACCAAAACAACUAAUGGGACUGCAAUACAUCCUGAUGCUCGAUUUGCAUCUCUGAAUUCUAUGUCAGAGCCUCUCCAGUUAUCUCCAGGAGUUGAAGGGCGUGUAGAACCAUAUGAGCUGGUAGAGCUGUUCUAUGGCAGCAGUACUGCAUCCCCUGCUACAAAUGCAUCACAACUUUCUCCUAGAUCAGGUGGAACUUCUUCUCCUGAGGUCAUGCAGGUUGUAGAACAAACAACUAAGGAAAAACUUCAUCCCGAUUCUUAUACUUGUGAAGUCUGUGGGAGGAAUUUCAAAGAAGCAUCACACUUCACUAAACACAAACGUGGAGCCCUUUGUAGAAAAUUAGCCCAGCGCAUGGCUAAGAAAACUAAAAAGAGGAAAGGCUCUGGAAAUCAGGACUCUGCAGAUAAGAAAAAUAAACAAAGAAUUCUUCAUAAACCAUAUCAGUGUAAUGUGUGUGGUGCUAAAUUCUGUGAUAAAGUAAAUGUGGAAUUACACUUAGAAAGGCAACACAACAGUCGCCAGCAACUAUGGGUUGAAGUUGCAAAGAGUGGGGUUUUCUCAUGUGCAGAGUGUGAUAGAUGCUUUCAAGAUAAAGGAGAUCUAGCAGAGCAUCAGAGACAACAUAUGGCAACAUAUCUUCACCACACUGAGAGAUUAAGUCAUGGAGGGGAACCUCAGGGUACAACUGUAGUAUACUACCAUGAUACUCUCCAACAGGUCCCGACUUAUGGACAGCAGACACAACCACCACCCCCGCCACACCUGCCUCCACCUCCUGCCCCUACACCAAUGGCUCACAUACACACAAACAUGACCACGAUUCUUCACACUCCUCAGCUUCCCCCAUCAUCAAUUAUUCCUGUGUCACAAGCUAACAAUUCGCAGCCAUCUCUCUCUACUCAUUCUGCACUACCAAGUAUACCACCUUUAACAGUAGUAGAGUGUGUAGCAAAAGGUCUAAAGAAUAGCAAGACAGAUAGAUUGACGGCAAAUAGUAAAUGGAAUAUAUGCGGUGAGUGUGGCCACAAGUUUGUAGAUCCCAUGAAUCUAGAGCUUCACAUUCAACGGAAGCACCCUGAUUCGUAUAUGAUAGAGACCAUUAAUUUAGGAGGUGGAACCAUUCUCUACAAAACCAAUAAUACUCGUUCAGAUGUGCAAUGUUUAAUAACUCAGAAUGGAUCUCCUAACUCUGAUCUUAAGUUAAACAAGGCAAAUCCCCAAACUUUUGACUGCAUAUUGUGUGGUUACAAAGCAACUUCUAAGAACUAUGUUUUAUUCCACCUUCAGAAUAUUCACAGUACAAGCAAUACUGAUUUCAUUCAUGUUUUAGAGACCCUGGAGUCUGGAAAGAAGGGACCCAGAGGAAUAAAGGGAAAGAAGGGAAGCCAGGAUCCUCUUCUGCGUGAACAACGACACGUGUGUGAUGCAUGUGGUGAAGUAUUUCUUUCUAAAGCCGAACUCAUCCGUCAUCGUAUCAAAGAUAAACAGUACAUGUGUGGGGUGUGUUGCCAUGCAUCCUGUAGCCAACAAGAAGUAACUACACACAUGGCAACUCAUCAUCCUCACCAUCAUACAUCUAUGACCGGAGGGUUGUCCUGUUGGAUAUGUGGUGCUGUUUCAGGGUCAGCUUCCAAUUUAGAUGAUCAUCUUGUUACUCAUGGUACAAUAAGGGCAGAGUGUGUAUCAUGUGGAGAAUAUGGAGAUAGGCUAGAAGCACUCCUUCCUCACGUAGGUGUCCACUUACCUCGUCAGUCUACUCGUGUGCGUCUUACAGUGGGUAGACCUGGACAGCCUCCAUUAUCUCACACUUUUGAGGUGGCUGUAGAUGGAACCAUCCACAGUGGAUUAAAUACAAAUCGUACAUCUCCAGUUUCUGUUGAAGCCAUGCCCACUCGUAUUGCUCCAGCUUAUGCCUGUAGUGAAUGUGGUGCUUGUCUGGCAGGAGCUGCACAGUUAGAAGCUCAUUUACCAUUACAUCAAGUUAAUUCUAUUGUUACAACUCAAGCAGCAAUAUCAACCAAUAAUUCUGGGACUUUCACUAACACCACUGCUACAAUGGGACCAGUCACAGCUUCCAUGACAGCAGCAAUAGGAGCUUCUGUUGAUUGUGUUUUUCGUGUUCCUGGUUCCUUUGAAUUUCGCUGUGAAGAAUGUGGAUUUUGGAGAGAAGACAGCGAACCAGUUAUGCGUCACAUACAAGCUGUACAUAUGUCUGGCAAUAUGCUGCAUUCAGUAAAGCUUCAGUCUGGUUUGGUACAGAUCCAUCCUAUCCAUGUUGUAACACCAAUUAGUUCUCUUUCUGCACAAUGAAGCACUAAGCAUAAAAGCUAAGCAAAUCAAAUCAAAUUAUUGAUCAAAUGCAGUACUAUAUAGUUUUUGAGUAAUAGAAUAUAUCAUUCACAGAUUUGUGACAUUCAGUGAAAUCAUAUUUCAGCUGUAUGCUUUCAGAACAAAAUUGUAUUCUAAUAUACAUUGUCAAAAUAAAUGCUUUUGAAGUGGUUAUUUACUUGUGAAAGACUUGUGUGCCUCUAGACAUUACAUAAUACUAUAUUAUUAUUAUUAUUAUUAUUAUAAUCAAGGGGGAAGCGCUAAACCCGGAGGAUUAUACAGCGCCUUGGGGGGGGGGAUGUGGAAGGCUUAAUUCGGGGAACUGGAGCACAGAUCCAAUUCCCUAAAUCAAGAGCCCCUCACCAACAUCAAGGAACCUUCCUUGAGGGGACAUAAUACUAUAACAUAUGGUGGUUUGUUGCCAAGUACAUAAUGACUCUCUCAGCCAUUUAACUAAAUUUAAUUUUUGUUACAGAUAACAUAUAAACUAGACCUGAGAAUCAGCUCACUCAGGACUGUUGUCACUCCUGGUUGUGUAAUUUUUUUUUUUUUUUUAACUGACCUUUAUCACCUUUGUCAGGUUUGCUGUACUUAUUAGCAUGCACUGACUGCUCUUUCCCACAUAAUGGCAAAACUCAGAUGUGUAUACAACAAACAUCAGUUGCUCAGGUCAUCUUAUGCUAAUUUUACUGCAAGGUUAAGCAAACAUUAUUCUGUCAACCUAAUAACUGAGAAAAUUAUUUAAUACUUGUAAUUGUGAUAAAAUUCUCAGUGUACAUUAUAAUUAUUAUAAUCAUGGGGUAACGCUAAACCCAUAGGAUUAUGCAGCACCUGUGAUGGGGGGAAUGGAAGGUAUUCAGGCUUAAUUCAGGGAACUGGAGCACAAAUUCAGUUCCCUAGAUCAAGAGUCCCUCACCAGCACCAAGGAACCUCCCUUGAGGGGUUCCCAGUGUACAAAAGUUGCAAGAUCUUAGGUGUACAUGUACAUCAUCAUUCCAUGAGUGAUGUCUUACAAAUAUUUUUUUUUACCUGUUGCUGUUAGUCAUGUGCUAAAGAUGCUCUUAUUGGAUAUUUAAUACUGUUGACAUUUUAUGAUACAAUAGCCAUUUAAUAUGUUCUAUGCUAAUUAUAUUUUAGGCCACAUAUCACAUUAUAUUGAUAUUAAUGUUGAGAAUCCUAUAUGUAGGAUGGAGAUUUAUUUGCAGUUCAUAAAUUUCUAUUUUGAUAGAAAUAUACACAUUCAGGUCUCCAAUUAUUUCUUUUUAUGUGGACAGUGAAGUGGUUACUGUAGAUAUUGUACAGCAAAGGUCCUAUCUUGAUAUCUUUGAUAAAUGUGUCCCUGCAGUUAAUGUUGGAUGAAAUGUACAGACUUAAAAAUAAGACUUCUAAUUGCAAGCUAAAGGAUGUUGAUGCAUACUUAAUAUUGUAUGUGGUGUGUUAGAUAAUAAGGGCAUCGUGACAUGCUUUAAAACGAGUAAAACUUCAUAAUGCCUAUAAAAGCUUUUUCUAAGUAUGGUUGUAAAAUACCACUCAUUAAUUGUUCUUUUAUUUUUUCCUGUGUGAACUGCAAUAGAUAUUUAUAUUUCCUCUAUAUAUAGUACAGGACGUGUGCUCUGAAGGAGGAGUGGAGAUACGGUGCCGUUUUUGAACUGUAGUGUAGGCACACCUUUGGCAAGACAGUGAUGGAGUGAGCAAUGAUGACAGUCUUGUUUGGGUCACCCUGCCACGGUGGCAAGCGGCUGAUGUGUUAAUAAAAAAAAAUAUAUAUAUUGUGAGUGGUGUACUUGCCUAUUUUGUGGUUGCAGAGGUUGAUUUAUCCUGGCCUUGCUGUAUAGCCCUUGUGGCUUAGUGCUUCUUUUUGAUUAUAAUAAUAAUUAUCCUGGCCUUAA